AACGUUACGAAGUUAGGUAUUCUUUUUACACCUAGGUUACAUGAAAAAGGCCGAGGACAUAAUGUCUAACUGUAAAACCAUUUAGCGAAGAAUGCGGGCCGUUGACCAGUUUUUAAUUUACUAGUUAUUCCUUUACUGUUAAGCUCAUGUUUUUAAAUUCAUAGUAUGAAUACGUAUAUCACUGCAUAUCUCAAACCCCAAUACAUGAUAAACAUCAUUUUGAAUAUUUAUUUAGUUACAAAGAUAAUAAAGAAAACGUCGAGGCCUUAUUUUGUGGUGUUUUUUUUUUGUCUGAACAUGUAUGUCCUUGCUUGUGUUGUUGGAUAAGAUGCCAUAACGGUAACAUCAACUCUUUUUCGACCAUUUGUGCUUGACUGUUCUCGGAAAGUCCAAAAUGAUUUUGCAUAAAAAUCUCACAACGAGGUAACACCGGUGGGUAAGGGUAAAUAAUUGUUCCAUCACAAUUAUCAAACGAAGGCCACAAAGGUGAAGAGUAAAGAUUGUUCCAUAUACAAGAGUUUUCGUGAUUGUCUCGUAGUGUUCUAGAACGGCAUUUACACAGUGUUGUAGCGUCGCUAUGGAACAGUAUCCAAACACAACUACACAGCUGAGGAUGCCAUUAGUGCAAGUCUCAAGCGUCUCGUUGUGUACAGAUAGAUUUUGAUCCCGUUUGACACCAUGGGUGUCCGAGACAGGAUCGCAUCAGCGUACCUGACAGUAGUGAGUGCCCUGUCAGUGCUCAGGCCUAGUAGUCAGUGGUGGACGAGCGAGUCCCAACUUAAUGUGGUUGUUCAUGAGGGGAAAGUUGGACGACACAGCCAGGCAAAAUAUUUAGUUACAAUUCGUCACGGUAAAGAGAAGAAGCAGACAAAGAAGAAAAAAUCAGACAGUCUGCUUUGGGAGGAGGCUGCCGAAUUCUCUCGUUGGACGCCAAAAGACCCGCUGAUACUGAAGCUGCGUAAGGUGAAGCGGUGCAAAGACGCGACCAUCGCUGAGCUCUCCAUCGAUGUUGCGACCGUACUGGAGUCAGUGGACGGCUUACCAAACAGAUGGUGGUACGCAAUGAAGAGACUCGACAAAAGUGGUCGUCAGAAGGAAGAUGUCUUCCUACAAAUCACGGUGACUGUGGACGGUCAGCAUGUGAAAAGUGGUGCAACGCAGGACCCUGCCAAGCCCGCUAAGAAGGCUGCUACGACAGCAGCACAAGAGAAGCCACAGACUCCGCCGGAGCUGAAGGCCAACUCACCGACGGCCGCGUCAACCUCAGACGAGUCCGACAAGGCUUUUACCAAACGAGAGAACAAGCCAAGCCGUGAUGAACGCCGUCCCUUGGUUUCCCAGGAAGAAGAGGGGGAUAACUCACCGCCGUCCGAAGCCGGCAACGUCACAGACUUCAAGGCAGACACGUCUCACCGCUCCCGUGACAAGACCGUGGAGGUUCCACAAGUUACUGCUACAGUGGACGGUCACGACGUGGACGAUGACACCGGGUUGGGUACAGACCCGACCAGGCUUUCGGAGAAGAUGGCGACAGGACAAGAUGACCCAGAAUCUUCAACCGAGGGGAACAAAGUGUUCAAGGACGCGAAGGUGACAAUGGCUGUUGACGAUGGCUCCGGACGGAGCCAGGAUCCUGCAAAUCCCGACAACGAGUUUGCAACGACUGCUGCACAAGAGAAGAUUUCUACCAAGAAAGAAGACAAGACGACCCCUGAGCGCCGUUCCUCAGGCUCCCAGGAAGGAGAGACGGGAACGUCAGACAGCAGCCGUCGCACGAACGUCGACACCUCACCACCGUCCGCAGCCGGCGACAUUCCAGCCGACAAGCCAGCAUCUUCAACCCCACCGUCCGAACCACCUGCCUCACUGGACUCACCAGAUACCGGUACAAGUGGCCGUGGGGAGGGCGAUGUCAAGGCGGGCCCAGAGCGUCACAAGGACAAGGCGGUGGAAGUCUCCGAAGUACCAGCUGCUGCGGACUGCCCCACCACGUGCAUGGGCAACGUCGACUCCGGACGGGGUCAUGCUAAGCCCCGGGAGGACUUCGACAUGAAGGAAGUCGUGCCUGUAUCUGAUGAGAACCUGGUAGUUCCGCAUCUUACAGCUAUGAGCUGCCCCAUGGAUGACACUGACCUCGGACGGGGUCCGACAGCCGAGUCCGCUUCCACCAAGAAGACCGCCAUGACGGUUGCGCAAGAGAAGCCAGAACCUCGGGUGGAUCCGAAGGACGCGAUGACUGAGAUGUAUUUGAGGAACCUGAAACGUAUCUUAGCACGACGUGAGUUUCCUCAGCAUUUGGUCCCCAAAUAUGCCUGGAUGACUGCAGCUUUGACGGACACCGAGACUGAGCAACCGCCUGCAGACAGCAACACGGACACAGACGGUCCUGGUGAGACGGCACAGGGAGGAGGAGAGGUUCUUCCGACAGCCAACCAACAUCCCGAACACAAGGGUAAAGACGACCCCGAGUUUGAGAAGAUGAGGCACGUGUGGAAAAUCGAGGAUCUGUGGGACGAGUUCACCACCAUGAGAGAACAGGCGGAUGAACUGCUCGAGUAUGCAGAGUCCCUACGAGCCAAACUAGCAGCGUCCGUGCCACACGUUCUCCAGUACCCGGUGAUCAAGAACCUGGCCGCCUACUUACCCGAGCGCAAACCUUAUGACUUCCCCGAUACAGAAGGGCUGAGCAUAGAUGAACUUGAAGACAUUAAAGAUAACCUGGCCAAGUUGUUAAAGGACGAGGAGAAUCGCGCCAAGUUCCUGAAGAAGUGGUACAUCGAGAAGAUGCUCCGUGUGGCUAUGGAAGAGGCUCCUCAAGUCCUGGGACCACAAAGUGAUUAA